CAGCGUCAUUCGAACUGUGGCGGCGUGAGGGGUGCGGUCGGCCGUUCGCUCCGUGUCUGACGCCAGUGACUGCCGUGCCGAGCACCGCCGUGACAGGGACGUGACGCCUGUGGAGCCGUGUGACCCAGGUGAGGACUCGCUGAAAGGAUCAUGUCGAAGAAGAAUGAAGAGCACAUCAAGCGUCCCAUGAACGCGUUCAUGGUCUGGUCGCGCAUGCAGCGACGCAAGAUCGCGCAGGAUAACCCCAAGAUGCACAACUCUGAGAUCUCGAAGCGUCUCGGAUCUGAAUGGAAGCUGCUGACUGAAACCGAGAAGCGGCCGUUCAUUGACGAGGCGAAGCGUCUGCGCGCGCAGCACAUGGUCGACCACCCGGACUACAAGUACCGACCGCGCCGCAAACCCAAAACUCUGCAGAAGAACGGCUACGGCUUCCCGCUGCCGUACUUCCACGGCAACCCGAUCGAUCCGCUUAACCCGCUGCACCAGACGUUCAUCUCCGCUCCGCCGGGGGUCAGCCCCUUCGACAUGGCCGACAAGUCGCGCGGCCUGUUCCCCUCCUCGGUGCCAGCACAUCCGUUCUACAACUCCUUCCAGGGCCUGGCCGGCUUCGACUCCAACCAGAUGGGUAAGCUCGGUGAGACCAUGUCGGCCGCCUACUCGUCUCAGAUGUCCAAGCUCGCCUCGGAGCAGAUGUCGGCGUACAGCGCCAUGCAGGCCAAGGUGUCCUCGGCCUCGCCGACUGAGGUGGCCACCUACUCGGCAGCGCCCCGCGGCUUCCCGGAGACCUACAAACCGAGCGCGGCCGACUCCCAGCCGCCGAGCUUCUCCAGCUUCUACAGUCAGCUGUACGGCAAGCCCACCAUGCCGGCGUCGACGGUGGGUCUUUUGUCGACGAGUGCCGCUCCACCGUCGACGCCGGUGACGACGACAGUGGCCGGUGGCCUGGCGGGCGGCGCGCUGCCCUCCCAGCUGUACCCCGGCUACCCGGCCAACGUCGACCACCUCCGCAGGCCAGUCUCGGUGAUAUUCUAGACGGCGGGAUGGGCGGAGGGACAAACUGGUAGACAGCAGCGAGGCGGGUAGGUGCGGACGGCAGCGCGACACACGGCUUUGGGAGACCGGCGAAGUGGCCAGGCUCGUCACCCGGAGACACUAGAAGCCGGUCGUUGACGGUUGAUCUGCGUGGGCGCGAUCACUCCGCUCAGGUGCUGCCGUGCGCUCCUGUAGCGCAGCAGCUGCCAGAGCUGACAGCCGACAUCGGUGGCGGGUCGCGGUUAUCUGCCGCCCGACAAUGCCGACUGUUGCAGGCCGACCGGUGCGUGAUUCCAUCGGCGCCCGGCCGCGCCGCAGCCCGCCCGUGCCGCCUGUCCCGCUGUUCGGUUGCAAUGUCCGGUCGCGCUGUUCAGUCGCAUUGUUCCGCCGCUGUGUCCUGCAGCCGUCGCACAUCGUGUCGGGAUGUCGCCCGCCGGGACCGCUUACCGCUCCUAUGGGUACCGAGCGGUACGCAGAGCGGCAGGAUCGCGCGCGACGCAUCGCGCAUUGUGCAAUGUAGCGUGUACCGAGCGAUGAUGUUGUCUUGUUCUUCAGUAUCUGUGGUAUACCGCUCGUCCGCUGCGGCGCAUCAUACCUGACAUCAGUAUUCCGCUCCGUCUGGUGCCGCCGGGGUAAUUGGUAUUUAAGACCCACAACGAGUGGGCGAUUAUGAUUAACCGGUCGGCGCUAACCCGUUUAAGCUCUAGUCAUUGUGUCGGGCCGCGGAGUAUCGGCCAAAUUACAGCCCCGUGGGCCGGCGGAGGACCGGUUCCGUCACCUGGGCCCACCUGAGAUGGCCCCGUGCUGGUACUUACCUGUACAGACGUGUAAAUAAUAGUGCCGGUGUCUGAACGUGUUAACUAAUGAACUAUAAGCUGUCCGCGAGGCUGGCCCAUGUCAGGCGAAGCUGGCUCUCUCGCCCGGGUGUUCAGAGAACCCCGUGAGAGGGGUGCUGGACGUCGCUGGAAGCGCCGCAGCGCGAGCCCACUAACUAUACCGUUUACGUUACAUGGCUGAAUAGUGAGCAUUGUUUGUGAGAAUAAAUGUGCCCCCGUGA